AUGAAUUUGGAAAAUUCGGAUAUUUUAUUCUUAGCUUCGUCAUUUACUCAAUUGAGUAGUUUACAUUAUUCUCAUUUGAAACGUCCAAAUAAUAGCCCUAAACAAGUUAAAUCAACAUUUGAUAAUUUUGAUGAAUUAAGAAUAUUUUCAUUUAAUUGUGGAAAAGGAUUGGAUGUUGAUAAAUUAUUAUGUCAAAUGGGCAAGAAUAUACCAGAAUCACUUGAAACUAUUGAAAUUAGAAUAGAUUAUGACUUUCAAUGGAACUUCAGUGCUGAUAGUUUAAGGAAAUUUUUUGAAGGAUGGAGUCUUAAAAGAGGAGGAGAUAAAAAGGUUAUUGUAAACAAUACAGAACAUUCGCUACUUUUUACAUUAGGUGAUGAACAUUUUAAAGUUAUUGAAGAACAUGGAGUUCAAUUUGAUAUAGAAGAAGCAUUCUAUUUAAGGGAUUAUUAUACUAAUCAAUGGCUUCUCCAGUUACAAGUUAAUAAAUGGCAGAAAUACAUCACCAAUUUCCAAAAACUUUUAUCCACCAUUGAGAAAUUGGCUGUUGUUCACUCUCAACCACCUUCAAAAGAGUUUAAUGGAAUUAAUGAAGAACUAGAAAAAUUUGGUGAUGGCGAGGAAUUAGAAUAUUUAGAAGAUGAAAUAUUGAUUUGA